CUCUCUCAGUCCCUCGCUCUCCCUCCUGCGCUCACCCUCUCUCCUCCGGCGAGUUCAUUGGUCACCGGAAAUCCCCUCUCAGUCCCUCGCUCUCCCUCCCAUGCUCACCCUCUCUCUCCUCUGGCGAGUUCUUCGGCCACCGGAAAUCCUCUUUCACUCCAUCGCUCUCCCUCCUGCGCUCACCCUCUAUCUCCUCCAGCGAGUUCUUCGACACCGGCGAAGCUGUCUGUCCGUCGCAAGGUUCUGUCCACUGUCUCUCUCACUCCGGCGAUGUCUACAGCCACCGGCGAAGCUCCUGUCUCUCUCUCACUCCGGCGAAGCCGAAGGCUCUCUCUCUCCUCCACCGGUGAUGUGGAUGAAGAAGUUGAAGAACCAAAUGUCUUAAGGAUCACUUGUUCAGAUGAAGAGUUGGAUGGGGAUGAAAGUUCGAAUGAAGAGUUGGAUGGAGAUGAAAAAUUUGAAGAAACAGAGAUGAUCGGUGGGAAUGAAAAAGUUGAAGAACCAGGCAGAAGUAUUCAACGUGCACCCAUGAUACCUAAUGCUUAUCAAUCUGGAGCAUAUCAUAUUUGUUACAGUUUGGGGGGAGCUUGUAACUGUACUUAUGUAUUGAUUUCUUUUGUUCUCUUUGCUUGAAGAAUAUUGAUUAGAUGAUUUGUCCUUGAUUGUGCAAUUUGGUUGUCAAGGAUCUCUUGUAAGU